UCGAUAGCGUGUUGUUGAACGGGUGCCGGUUCUGUUUUUUUCCUCGCUUCUGCUUUUUUUUUUUCGUUUUGUUUAGCUUCUUCUCAGUUUAAUCCUUCUUUAUCAGCUUAUCGCUGUCAGAUCAGUCCAAUUCCACUCUGGAUAUCCAAUGUUACGCCCCUUGGGAGCUGGAAAAAUCCAUAGAGACUCUUCUGCAAAACUAUGUGGGCUCUGCUCAUCGCAAACAUUCCGUUAUACCUGCCCCGGGUGCGGCAUUCACUAUUGUUCUAUAGCUUGUUAUAAGUCUUUGCAGCACCAGAAAUGUAUCGAAAAGGCCCAACAAGACCCUUCCAGCUCCAAAGAGAUAACCGAUUAUGAGAAGGAUAAACUUCUCAGAAUGAUAAAUCGGUUCAAUUUCAAUGAUGAUCAUUUGAAUUCGUUAGAUGAAGAGAACCAGCCGGAGAAUUGGGUUUAUCAGAUCCCCCUGCUGGCUCGGGCACCUGACACAGAGCCAAGUGACUACAAAGAAGCCCAUGAUGGUACACGAAGGUUGGGACAAACAGCAGAUAAAGCAGAAUCCAAUCGGGCCUACAAUAACUUUCUGGAAGAAGACUCCGACUCUGAGCAAGACACAAAUCGGGCUCUUACGGACAGAGAAGAGCAAGAAUUAUCCGACCUCAUCGACUCAGCAGAUCCUGAGCUACUUUUGCUGUUGUUAUCUCUCGACCAACGUAACGGUUUCGAAGAAUUAUUGAAAUCUGGGGAAUACGACUUGGAAGGCUGAAGGCCUUUUUCUUUUUUUUUUUUUUUGUUUGUGAGAUUAUAUAAUCCCAUCUGCUCAUCUUAAAAAAAAAAAAAAUGAAUAGAGCCUAUCUAUUUGAUUUCAGUUCAAUUAAGACGACAAAUAUGGCCGGACCACAGGGUAGAAGUAAACCUUUCAGAGGUAAGAAACCAAUAAAGGAUCUCCGUGAAUUUAAGUCCAGAGAAAUUAAGAAAUCAUUGGUUCAUAGAGCUAGACUUAGAAAGAACUAUUUCAAGUUAUUGGAGAAGGAAGGA